AUGGUGAGGGAGAACGAGGACAAGAAAAGAGCUGUCCGCCAGCUGGUCAAGGCUCUUUCUCUUUGUUUCCUCUUUAUGAUGGCUGAGAUAAUAGGUGGUUUGUUGGCAAACAGUUUGGCAAUUGUUACCGACGCAGCCCACCUGUUAACUGACCUCAUCAGCUUUGCCGUCAGCCUCAUCGCUCUCAAGUUGUCUAGCAGACCAGUCAGCAAGAUGUACAACUUCGGUUGGUACAGAGCAGAGGUACUUGGUGCUUUGAUAUCAGUUCUAAUGAUAUGGUUCAUGGCUGUCGUCCUCGUCUUCAUCGCCAUCCUCCGAAUCGUCCAGAACGACUUUGAAAUCCAAUCUAAAAUCAUGAUGGUCACCGCCGGUCUGGGUCUUUUCUUCAACAUUUGGUCAUCCGCCGGAUCAAUGUCUGGCAGCAACUUUAGCGAGCAAAUAAAAAAUCCAUCGGACAAAAACACCAUAAAGAAAGCAAAUAGUCGAAGUAUAAAUGUGAGAGCAGCAUUCAUACACGUGAUUGGCGACUUGGUCCAGAGUGCCGUCGUCCUCUUUGCUUCUACUCUCAUUUAUUUCGAGCCUGAGUGGCGGAUAGCAGACCCCAUCUGCACUUUCAUCUUCUCCAUCCUGGUUCUCUGCACCACGUUCAACAUCCUUAAAGAUAUUUUCAGAGUGUUGAUGGAAGGAUCUCCAGCUGAUGUGGACCGGGCUGAAAUAGAGAAAUUCCUGAAUGAAAUAGAAGGAGUCAUGCAGAUUCACGAUUUGAAGAUCUGGUCACUCACUGGCUCUAAAGCUGCUCUGUCUGUCCAUCUAGCGAUUGAUGAUAUUUCGCACGGAGAGGCGAUAAUGCACGAAGCGAUCAAACAGCUCAAAGUUCAUCACAACAUACACGAUGUCACCGUGCAACUGGAGACCUACAAUGAAAGUGUGGGCAGGUGCUUCGAAUGCACGCUGCUCCACUGA